AGAAACGAUCAGUCUAAGCGCCCGGGCGCUCCUAUGGUGGCCCCCCAAACUCGACGGGCCCAGGACAAAAGCUGGCAUUGCAUGAGGCCUUCCCGCAGUCCUUUCAACCACGACACCCUGGAGCCUUCAGAUAGCCUAAUGAGCCGGGCCCCCUCCGCUCUGGCCAGAUAAAGUCCUCUCUGCGGAGAGAGAGGGGAGGCGGGGCCAGGACUGGCUGAACCAGAUUUCCCAGGAGCCUCAGCCGUUCCUCUCUCUCUCGGAUAGCUGGCAGGAGUUCACCGAGGGAAACUCGCUCGUAAAGGCUGCCUGCUUCGCUCCUCUGGAACGCGCUGUGGAAGUCUCAGGAUUGGGGAGGUCAAGCUGAGGAGGUCCCCUGAGCCCCCCCCCCCCGUCUGAAAAAGCUCGUCCUGAUCUGCCAAAAUGUACCGAGGCUGGAAACUGGGCUUCCACAUCCACUGCCUAAGCUUGGCCGGAAACUAACACCUGUUGUUUUUUUGGGCUCCGAAUGAAACAAGACACAAGGAUAUAUUGGAGUGCAGCGGUGUCCAUUUCAAACGUGGCUGAAGGAAGAAAGAGAGCCAGUCACCUUUCCUGCUGAGACUACGGGUCCCCGUCCCUUUAGCUGCCCGAGACCAUGAAAGACCGACUGGAGGAGCUGAGGCAGAGAGCGAAGGCGGCCAGCGAGGAACCGGACAGCGGCCCUUUAAGUACGGAAGGGGAUGGAGAGGAGGACGACGCCCUCGCGUUCCCGCAGGCCGUGGUCUUCGAGGAGGAGCCGGUCCUGGACAACUUCCUGUCGGAGGUGCAGCGCAUCCGCGAGGCCAUCGAGGAGCUGGAAAACGAGGUGCGGGCGUUCAGCCAGCAGCAGAAGAGCCUGGUGGCCACCAUGCGGCGCUUCAGCGUCAUGAAGAAGGACAGCAGCAUCACGCGCGACAUCAAGCUGCGGGCCGAGAGCAUCCACAAGCGGCUGGAGGCGCUCUCCAAGCAGGUGAAGAGCGCCGAGGCCGGGGGCGGCCCGGCGGCGGCCGCCGUCCGCAUCCAGCGUGCCCAGCACACCGCCCUCUUCCGCCACUUCCAGCAGGUCAUGCGCCAGUACAACGACACCCUGGUCAGCAAGCAGGACAAGUGCAAGCAGUUCAUCAUCCGCCAGCUGGAGGUGUCCGGCCGCGAGGUGUCCGAGGAGGAGGUGGACGAGAUGAUGGCGCAGGGCCAGUGGGAGGUCUUCAACGAGAACGUGCUGCACGAGGCCAAGAUCACGCGCGCCCAGCUGUCCGAGAUCGAGCAGCGGCACAAGGAGCUCCUCAGCCUGGAGAGCAACAUGAAGGACCUGCGGGACCUGUUCCUGGAAAUCCAAAUGAUGGUCGAGGAGCAGGGGAAGCACAUCGAGAACAUCCAGGCCAACGUGGAAAAGACGCAGGACUACGUGACGGUCACCUGCGAGAAGUUCAAAAUGGCCGCCAGAUACAAGCGGAAGAACCCCAUCAGGAGACUGUGCUGCUGUUGCUGUCCUUGGAAAAAAAAGAUGUGGCCAUGAAAAGAAAAAAAAAUAAUGAUCUUUUUCUGGCACAGUGAGCUGUGUAAGGCUUGGCGCAGAGCUGACACAGCGGUCAGGCAACAGAAUGAGAGACACUGAGAGGGCUCUUCUCCCACCACAUACUGCAGGGGCCUGGACAUCAGUCUGGCACAGAUAAGAGACAAGGGCACGGCAAGCCCCGAUAGAGUAGCGCAGCUGAGGGUUAGCGUGCUGACUGAGCCAUGCUGAAGGAGAGCGCUAGCUUCAUAACGUUAGCACGCUGACCAUCUCACGGUUGCACGUUAACUUCCUCACAUUAUAACGAUAAUUGCAGUGAGCUGUGUACUGUUUAGAAUACCAAUACAUUUUAUUUAAAUAGCACUUACCCAAAAAAAAAGCUACAAAGUGCUUCACAGCAAAAAAAAACUAUCAAAACAAAUCUUCUUUCUUUAAUUUUUUUUAUUUUUUAAAAGUACUUUCACACCCUUCAAAUUCUGUAUUUAUUUAUUUAUCAUAAAGUAAAUGUUUUUAAAUUGGAAAGAAUUGAGAAAAACUUCUACUGCAAACUGCCUGAAAAUGACAGUCGAUAUUAGGCUUAUUUGUGCAGGAAAAUAAGUGCAUGCUUAAAAAGAUGUAAACUGUAUAGUGUGGUAAACUCUAACAUUUUUACAUAAAUGCUAUUAAUAUAUUUUUAACUUUCCUGAGUUCAAUAUCUUUCUGUCUCAGAACGAAGAGAAAAUGCUCUAAAGAGUAGUACCAUAUGAAGCCUUUCAGUAUCAAAAUACAGAACAUGUUACUGAGCAAGAUGAGGAAUUAAUUUGCCUUCAGCGUUGUGUGCAAGUGAUCCUAAAGCCAUAAAUUUCAACAAAUUAUUUUAAGAAAACAACUUCUGUAACAAAAUAAUGAGCCAUCCCUUACAGUGCUUACAUAAAUUGCAGUGGAACAACAAAAUAUCUAUUCAGGUGCCCUACUUGCAAUGUAACUACUACAGCUGAAGCAUAUUAAAUAUAGAGGCAUACCGAUUUAA